AUGUCUUACAAGUGCAUGAUUUCUUAUGACGAAGGCCCUACUAAAAAUAUUAAUCGUGUCAUUGAAAAAGGUGUCUCUCUUAAUAUUCCUUUAGUAUUUUAUCUCGAUCCAUUCAAUCCUCUUUUUGAUAAACAAGUAGUAGAAGAAAUUAUUGAAAAUGGUUAUGAAGUCGGUAUGUCUAUAAUAGAGGAAGUAACAGAUGAAACAAUAACUAUGGUCUUAGAAAAGUAUGAAAAGGAGUUUAUAAAAAGAACGGGACAUAAAGCUGUUCUUUUAAGACUUCCUGCUGUUGGGUGCAUUACGCAUAAAACAAUUAAUAUUCCUGAAAGUUUAGGAUAUCUUAUUGAUAUACCGAAUAUAGACAGUGAAGAUGACCAAAAAUCAAAUAUAUAUCCAUUUUUAUGUCAGGCACUAGCAGCUGAAAACAGAAAAGGUGUAUCAAUUGUUUUUAGGGAACGAUACGAAAAAAGUAUUGACAUUUUACAAUAUGUAGCGAAUGCAAUGAACCAAAAAGGAUAUAAAAUCGUGCCUGCAUGUGUGUAUUUAGGGAAAAGCACUUCACUAAUAAAAGUGAACGAUGAAAUAAAAGAGCAGGAAAAUAAAACGAAAACAGUAACAGUGACAAAAUUUGAAGUAUUACGCUGUUCAUCUCCUUAUAAAAUUAGAGUAUUUACUCUACAAAAUGACGAUGAAAUUAAAGAAAUAUUAGUGCCUUAUUCAACUUACAAUAAACUUUAUGUCAGAGACAUCCUUAGGAAGCAACCUGAAAAUGAUCAAGAACUGGAGAAUUUAUACGAAAAAAUAAUUAAAGAAUGUGGAAUUAUAACUGAGGAUGAUGAAAUAAAAGCAUGUCGAAAAAACGGAUGUAGAUCACGUGAUAUAGGAUUAUUGUGUUUACUGUAUUUUGUUUGUUUGUAA